AGCGCGGUCAUAAACACCUGCGCGCGUGUGCAGCAAUUUAUUGAAAAACUAACCGUAGCUACAGAGAAUUUUCUUUGCCAGACUGUGAAAAAGCGUCCCAGGAGCAAUAGAACACACAAGUGGUCUUACUCUAAACAUUUACAAAAUAAUUGGCAAGUUAAUUAAGUUAGGCAAAGUUUAAGUUACGGUGUGACAUCGUCUUUGCAGAGUUUUACAGUUAUAAGUGAAAAGUUUGUGCAUUUUUUGUGAGUGCGCGUCCGCCAAAGCUCUUGGCAUCGAUUUUUUUUUUGUGGGCAUAAACAACCCCUAGUGGAAAAUCCGGAGCAGCCAUGGCUUAUCGCUUGAAGGCCACCAAGUGUCCCACGGACGAGCUAUCGCUCACCAAUCGAGCCAUUGUCAGUGUUAGUGACUUUCCCGAGGAUGUCAAAUAUGCAGACAUCUCUCCGGCACCCGGUCAGCAUUUUAUUUUUGCAUUGGAGAAGACCGUUGAGGUGCCCAGCGGCUAUGUGGGCUUCUCUUUGGUCCAGAGGAAGUGGGCCAUGGUCUCUAUUAACCAGGAGCUGGAGGUGCGUCCAUAUCGCUUCGAUGCCAGCUCCGAUGUCAUAACAUGUGUCUCCUUUGAAACGGACUUUCUGCAGAAGAAAACCGUGUCCCAGGAGCCCUAUGACUCGGAUCAAAUGGCCAAGGAGUUUAUCAUGCAGUUCGCCGGCAUGGCCCUAACUGUGGGCCAAUCGUUGGUCUUUAACUUCAAGGAUAAGAAGCUAUUGGGACUGGCGGUCAAAUCACUGGAGGCCAUCGAUCCCAAGAGCCUUGGCGAGGGCAAGGAGCCGGCCAUGCGCAAUGUACGUUUUGGCCGCAUCCUUGGCAACACGGUGGUGCAGUUCGAGAAGGCCGAGAAUAGCUCCCUGAAUCUUCAGGGCAAGAGCAAGGGCAAGGUGGUGCGCCAGUCUAUCAUUAAUCCGGACUGGGACUUUGGCAAGAUGGGCAUUGGUGGCCUGGACAAGGAGUUCAAUUCGAUCUUUCGUCGUGCCUUUGCCUCGCGUGUCUUCCCGCCGGAGCUCGUCGAGCAGCUGGGCUGCAAGCAUGUGAAGGGCAUCCUUCUCUACGGACCUCCUGGCACGGGCAAGACCCUGAUGGCGCGUCAAAUUGGAACCAUGCUGAAUGCCCGAGAGCCAAAGAUAGUCAAUGGACCGCAGAUAUUGGACAAAUAUGUGGGUGAGUCGGAGGCGAAUGUUCGCAGGCUGUUUGCCGAGGCCGAGGAGGAGGAGAAGCGCCUCGGGCCGAAUAGUGGACUGCACAUCAUCAUCUUCGAUGAGAUCGAUGCGAUUUGCAAGCAGCGUGGCAGUGUGGCCGGUAAUAGCGGUGUCCACGACACCGUCGUCAAUCAGCUGCUGACCAAGAUCGAUGGCGUUGAUCAGUUGAACAAUAUCCUUGUCAUUGGCAUGACCAAUCGUCGGGAUAUGAUCGAUGAGGCUCUCCUGCGACCGGGUCGCCUGGAAGUUCAAAUGGAGAUCAGUCUGCCGAAUGAGCAGGGACGUGUCCAGAUUCUCAACAUUCAUACGAAGCGGAUGAGGGACUUUAACAAGAUCAACGAUGAUGUGGAUAACAAGGAGAUUGCAGCUCUGACGAAGAACUUUAGUGGCGCCGAGCUGGAGGGUCUGGUGCGUGCUGCCCAGUCCAGUGCCAUGAAUCGUCUGAUUAAGGCCGAUGCCAAGGUCACCGUAGAUCCCGAGGCCAUGGAGAAGCUAAAGGUUAAUCGCGAUGACUUUCUCCAUUCGCUGGAGAAUGAUAUUAAGCCGGCGUUUGGCACGGCCCAGGAGAUACUCGAUAAUAUGCUGGCCCGUGGUGUGAUCAACUGGGGUACCCCUGUCAGCAAUCUUCUGGAGGAUGGAAUGCUCUAUGUCCAGCAGGCUAAGGCUCCGGAAUCAAGUGGCUUGGUCUCUGUGCUAGUGGCCGGUGCCCCUAACUCUGGCAAGACCGCUUUGGCCGCUCAGCUCGCAAAGAUGUCGGAUUUCCCAUUCGUCAAGGUCUGCUCACCGGAGGAUAUGGUGGGCUAUACCGAGUCAGCCAAGUGCCUGCAUAUCAGGAAGAUCUUCGACGAUGCCUAUCGUUCUACUCUCAGCUGCAUUGUGGUGGACAAUGUAGAGCGUCUGCUGGACUAUGGUUCAAUUGGACCACGUUACUCGAACAUGACGCUGCAGGCGUUGCUGGUGCUGCUCAAGAAACAGCCACCCAAGGGCAGGAAACUGCUCAUCCUGUGCACCUCCAGCAGGCGGGAGGUGCUCGAGGAGAUGGAGAUGCUGACGGCAUUUACCUCUGUGCUGCAUGUACCAAAUCUCUCGCAUCCGGAGCAUGUUCUGGCCGUGCUCGAGCACACGGAUAUCUUUAGCAAGGGCGAGGUUCAGGCCAUUGGCAAGAAGAUGGCCGGCAAGCGCGUCUUCAUUGGCAUCAAGAAGCUAUUGGGCCUAAUCGAUAUGGCCCGCCAGACGGAGCCAUCGCAGCGGGCCAUCAAGUUCCUGUCCAAAAUGGAGGAGGAGGGUGGCCUCGACAUGGUGGCCAGGCAGUGAUGGAGUAACCUAUGCCGGCCCAGAUGCAGUCUCAAUUAUUAGCUUUUAAGCGGAGAUCGGGAUAGAGCAAAUGGAUGCGGAAUCAGACUCUCCAUAAUACACCGCAAACUUAUACUAUACAUAGACAAGAUAUAUCUAUAUACAUACUAUCCAGGCUUCGCGUUGUUUGUUCGGUCCCAGUACCAGUAAACAGUCCCAGUUCCGGGAGGACUUUCCUGUGCUUCUGACUUCCCCCCACAGAGCACAAUCAAAUCUGACAGAUAUGUGAGAUCCGUGACCUGAAGUUGAAGAAGAAGUUUGAUGAAGGCAGUGUAGGAGUUGGUGAAAGCACAGGCAGAGCGAGAGAUACUCAAUUACAUUUAUAAAUAACACGUGUAGCUGGCUAAAUUUGUUAAUAUAUAUAUAUAAACAUACAUAUAUAUAUAUAUAUAUAUAUAAUAGCAUGAUAAUCUUUCUCGUUACCUUUAAUUUUAGGAUUCGCUUCGAAACGUAUUAUAAUAUGAUAUCAGAGAGCAGAUUAAGAACACCAAAGUUUUUUGUGAACGUUGUUUAUCGAUAAUAUUAACGAAAACCCAACUAAAUAAUUGAAUAUUUAUUAAAUCCACUAUAUUGUUAACUUAACCGCCAAUGUUAUACAUCUAAUAAUAUAUAUAUAUAUCUUCAAAUAAAGACAAACGAUCUCGAAUUCCAA